GCUAAUUGGGGUGACGUCAUUGGAAGGUCUUCAAGUGGGUUUUUUGACGAAGAGGGGCAAAGGUCGACUGUGUAAACAAUUUUAAUAAAAAACUGUAAAUGACAAGUCACGAGUUUAAAGUCCCUUUGGCGGCAACAUAGACACUUCUUUCGGGUUUUCGUACGUCAAUUCAAACGUCACCAACGCAACCACGCCAAAUUCACUAAACACCGCUUCAAAUUUUAACCCUAUUUUUACCGUUUUUACACAAAAUAUGGACUCGUUUUUGAAGCGUAAAGCAGAAACUGGGGCUAGCACCAGUAAAAAACUCAAGCUAGAAAAUUGCCCCCAUGGUGUCAAGUGCUACCGCAAAAACCCGCACCACUUCAGAGAAUUUCAGCACCCCCAUUUACUGGAGUUGCUACAAAUGGAAAAAAUCAAAAUCCCUGAUGACUAUCCACAAGACAAAAGUGUUUAUUUAGAGCAACUGGAAGUUCUGGGCCCCCUUGUCAAAGACAAGCCGCUAGCGAAACCCAGCACGAGUCAAGCAACCCAGUCUGAGUGUGCAAAGCCUGGAACUAUGCUCGAAAAGCUGCAAAAGGCAGCCCCCUAUAACCUCUUUUUUACAACCAUUCCAAAGUCGCCUGACACGUCGAAACAAGCAAAUAGUGUCACUUUCCCGGAUUUGUUGUGUCCGAGCUUAGGCCAGUUGAAGUGUUCCUUACAGAUUAAUUUUAUGAUUGAUAUUGGGUGGUUGAUGGAGCAGUAUAAAGCGCGAAACUUGGAGAAAAAACCGCUCACGAUUUUGUACGGUAGCGACGAGUUUCCACAAAUGGAACAAUAUAUGGAUAAGUUUUUACCACAAGUCACCUACCACUUUGUUAAAAUGAAAGACCCGUUUGGUUGUCACCACUCAAAAAUCGGGGUUUAUGUGUAUGAAGACAACUCCCUCAGAGUGGUUGUGUCUUCAGCUAACCUCUACUAUGAAGACUGGAACCACUACAACCAAGGAUUGUGGGUGAGCCCCCGCUGUCGCCCCCUCGCCGACCCCUCAGAAAAAUCCGGCGAGUCCCCCACUGGCUUCAAGGCAGCCUUUUUAUCAUACUUGAAGCACUACAACCUCCCAAUUUUAAAAACCUGGAUUGACUGCGUUAAAAACGCGGAUUUCAGCGACAUUAAAGUGUUUUUAGUGACCUCAGUGCCAGGGAAGCAUUACCCUGAAACCGCUGGUAGUCACGUCCAUCACGUUGGUCAUUUACUGUCAAAGCACUGUAGUCUUCCAGCUAAGACGGGGCCCGACAGCGAGGGGCCGUUGUCGUGGGGUAUUAUGGCGCAAGCCUCCAGUAUCGGCUCUUUGGGCAAAGCCCCGGCCGACUGGUUGCGCAGCACCCUCUUGCGGAGUCUCGCGGGGCACAAGCAGACGCAAUUGGUGUCAAAUUCCAGUGCCACUCUUAGUGUGAUUUUUCCCAGUGUGGAUAAUGUGAUGAAUGGGUAUUUUGGUCCGGAGAGUGGGGGCUGUUUACCGUAUUCUAAACAGACGAAUGAGAAGCAAAAGUGGCUUCAGACUUAUUUGCAUCAGUGGAAGGCGGAUAAGUUGAGCAGAACUAGGGCUAUGCCCCAUAUUAAGACCUACUGUCGCGUUUCUCCCUGUCUGUCAAAGUUGGCGUGGUUUCUUGUUACUAGUGCCAACAUUUCAAAGUCUGCUUGGGGCGGGAAUUUGCAGAAGGAUAGGGCGACGUAUAUCAGGAGUUAUGAAGCUGGAGUGAUGUUUUUGCCCAAGUUUUUUGAUGAGGAGUAUUUUGAAAUAGCUGCUACUUUAAGCAAUAAGAAUAAGAAGCUGUUUCCUUUUUUGUAUGAUUUGCCGUUGACGGAGUAUAAGUCCAGCGAUUAUCCUUGGUGUAAUUAAUAAAGAUUACUGUAUUUUGUG